UCUUUGUUGACACUUCCUGGUUGGGCUCGGAGCGAGUCUGGUGAGGGGAACUGGGCUGGGGAAGAUUUGUCGCAGCCAUGGCGUACUCAGGCCUUACGGUGCCCAUCAUUGUGAUGAGCGUGUUCUGGGGGGUCGUCGGUUUCUUCGUCCCGUGCUUUAUCCCCAAAGGACCCAAUCGAGGGGUUAUCAUCACCAUGCUAAUAACCUGUGCUGUUUGCUGCUAUCUCUUUUGGCUGAUUGCUAUUCUAGCCCAGCUCAACCCUCUUUUUGGGCCACAGUUAACAAAUGAAACCAUCUGGUAUCUCAAGCAUCACUGGCCUUGAGGAAGAGGACGAUCUGUAUGAUUCUCUUGUCAUCUAGGUAAAGAAGAUAUAUCAUCUACAUGUUAAAGCACCUCUUAAUCUAAAGACUGCCUUAACUCAUCUGUUUGGAGACCAGCUGCCUUAAAUAUUUACACUAUACUUGAAUUUUUGUCUUAUUCUAAAGUUCAGGGUUAUUUUUUUUCUAUUACAUACUCUUAAAUUACUUUAUGUCAAACUGUGUGCCUACUUUAUCUGAAGUACAUGCCAAAUACACCAAAGGUAUAUGAACUUUGUGAUGCAGAAGAAUGUUUUUUUCCUGUUCACAUCUACGAACUUGAAGAACUCCUCCCUCUACCAUUAACCACAUUAAAAAUAAAUGAUGUGUUUAAGACUCCUACAGCAAGAUGAAUGGCUACGGUUUUGUUAAUCACCAGGAGAUCAUGUUCAGAGAAAAAAUGUACCCUAAAGGUGUUGGAGCUGUAUUGAGCUGUAUUUUCCAAAGAGUUUAAAAUUACAUUUCUAUCUCCCUGUGGAAUAAAUUAUUUUUUUUCUGCUUUCUAUGGAAA